ACAGCAGGAGCCUCCAAAUUCAAACGCUACUAUAACGGCCAUAAUUUUUUCACAUCAUCCUCACGGACUCUCUCUCUCUCUUUCUUUCUCUCUCUGUAUUUUAACCUAAUUACUUCACCAUCUCUGAGAAUCAUCUCUCUCUACAUUGAAUCUACAUUCACUCUAACAGCAAUUUGUAGCAGAUUUCAGAUUUGAAAUUAGUCGACAGUGAAAAAUUGGUGAUUUGAAGACCUAAUUGUAAAGUUAUGGACAAGAAGGGAGGAAGUGCGAUACCGAGUUCACCAUCUCAGACUCCGAGAUCUGUUGAGAAGUCAGCAAGAGAUAUUCGACAUGUUGAAGGAAAUAUGAGUGGUAAACAUGAUAAAGAAAAAGGGGUAAAUGUUCAGGUUGUUGUGAGAUGCAGACCACUGAAUGCUGAUGAGGAAAAACUACACACUCCAGUGGUGGUUACAUGUGCAGAAAACAAGAGGGAAGUAUGUGCAGUUCAAAACAUAGCUAACAAGCAGAUUGAUAGAUCAUUUGUGUUUGAUAAGGUAUUCGGUCCAAAAUCCCAACAAAGAGACUUGUAUCAUUCAGCAGUGUCUCCCAUAGUUUUUGAAGUUCUCGAGGGCUACAACUGCACUAUAUUUGCAUACGGCCAAACGGGAACCGGAAAAACAUACACAAUGGAAGGAGGAGGGAGGAAAAAGAACGGGGAAUUCCCAAGUGAUGCAGGUGUGAUUCCGAGGGCGGUUAGGCAAAUAUUUGACAUAUUAGAAGCUCAAAAUGCAGAAUACAAUAUGAAAGUUACGUUUCUAGAGCUGUACAAUGAGGAAAUAACCGAUCUUUUAGCUCCCGAAGAAGCUUCAAAGUUUCCAGAAGAUAAGUCGAAGAAACCGAUAGCGUUAAUGGAAGAUGGAAAGGGUGGUGUACUUGUUAGAGGCUUAGAAGAGGAGAUAGUUUCUACUGCUGAUGAAAUAUACAGAAUAUUGGAAAAAGGUUCUGCUAAAAGACGUACGGCAGAAACGCUUAUGAAUAAACAAAGUAGUCGUUCUCAUUCGAUAUUUUCUAUCACGAUUCAUAUCAAGGAACGUACCCCUGAGGGUGAAGAAGUUAUUAGAUGCGGAAAACUUAACCUUGUUGAUCUUGCUGGUUCGGAGAAUAUUUCGAGAUCUGGUGCAAAAGAGGGUAGAGCAAGAGAAGCUGGUGAGAUAAACAAAAGCUUGCUUACACUUGGCAGAGUCAUUAACACACUUGUUGAGCGUUCAGGACACAUACCUUAUAGGGAUAGUAAAUUAACAAGAUUGUUGAGAGAUUCAUUGGGAGGAAAAACAAAGACAUGCAUAAUUGCUACAAUCUCCCCUUCAAUCCAUUCUUUGGAAGAGACACUAAGUACUUUAGACUACGCUCAUCGUGCAAAAAAUAUCAAGAACAAACCCGAGAUCAAUCAGAAGAUGAUGAAAUCAGCAAUGAUGAAGGAUCUGUAUUCUGAAAUUGAACGGCUUAAGCAAGAGGUGUAUGCUGCUCGAGAGAAAAAUGGAAUUUACAUACCAAAAGACAGAUAUCUUCAGGAGGAAGAGGAGAAAAAGGCAAUGGCUGAAAAAAUCGAACGCAUGGAACUUGAUAAUGAAUCUAGAGGAAAGCAAAUGAUGGAGCUACAGGAACUCUAUAACUCUCAGCAGUUAAUAACUGCAAAUUUAACAGAGAAGCUUGAGAAGACAGAGGUAAAACUCCAAGAAACUGAACAUUCAUUGUCCGGUCUUGAAGAAAAGCAUAGACAAGCAAAUGCAACGAUUAAAGAGAAAGAAUUUCUUAUCUCCAACCUUUUAAAAUCUGAAAAAGCACUUCUAGAGCGGGCAUUUGACCUUCGUGGGGAGCUGGAGAAUGCUGCAUCAGACGUAUCUCGUCUAUACACCAAGAUUGAACGCAAGGAUAAAAUUGAAGAUGAAAACAGAAUUCUUGUCCAGCAGUUCCAAUCUCAGUUAACUAUACAACUUGAUACUUUGCAUAAAACCAUAGCGGCUUCUGUAACUCAACAAGAGCAACAGUUGAAAGGCAUGGAGGAAGAUAUGCAAUCCUUUGUAUCAACCAAGGCCGAGGCAACUGAAGAACUUCGAGCUGCCCUAGAGAAAUUAAAAACAAUGUACGGUUCUGGAAUCAAAGCUUUAGAUGAUAUAGCCGAUGAACUAGAUGGGAAUUCACAGUCAACGUUUGGACUUUUGAACUCUCAAGUCUCCAAAAAUUCUUCUGCUCUUGCGGAGCUUUUCAAGGGUAUUGCAUCAGAAGCUGAAAAACUGCUGGGUGAUCUUGAGAGCAUUCUCUACAACCAAGAAAAUAAACUAACUGCAUUUGCACAACAACAACGAGAAGCGCAUUCUAGAGCUGUGGAAACAUCAAGAACAAUAUCUAAGACUACUAUGAACUUUUUUGAUACUUUAGACUUGCACGCAACGAAAUUGAUCAAAAUUGUUGAAGAGGGUCAAACGCUCAAUGACCAAAAACUUUCUGAACUUGAAAGAAAGUUUGAGGAAUGUGCUGCGAUUGAAGAAAAACAACUUCUCGAGAAAGUUGCAGAACUAUUUGCAGUUUCAAAUGCUAGGAAGAAAGGACUGGUUAGAACAGCAGUUGAUGGCCUGAGGGAGACCGCAGCAAGUAAAGCUAAAAGAUUUGACCAAGAAAUGUCAACAAUGAAAGAUUCGAGCUCCUGCAUAAGGAACAACUGGAUAAACUAUACGAAAGAGGCUGAAAGCCACUAUCUUGAAGACACUGCUGCAGUUGAAAUCAGAAAAGCAGACCUAGAUGAGGUUCUUCAAAAUUGUUUGCAAAAGACGAAAAUGGGGUCACAACAAUGGAAUAGCGCUCAGGAAUCUUUGGUUAGUUUAGAGAAGAGCAAUGUUGCAUCUGUGGAUGAAAUAGUCAGGGGAGGAUUGGAAGCCAAUCAAAUUUUGCGUGCACGGUAUUCAGCUGCUGUGUCAUCCGCACUCGACGACACAAAUGUUGCAAGCAAAAACUUACUAUCCUCAAUUGACCAUUCAUUACAACUGGACCAUGAUGCACGUGAAAAUCUUGAUUCCAUCAUUGUUCCAUGUUGUGGAGAAUUAAGGGAACUAAAGGGUGGACACUACCAUAAGAUCAUUGAGAUCACAGAAAAUGCUGGAAAAACACUCUUAAAUGACUACACGGUUGACGAACCUACAUGUUCAACACCGAAAAAGCGGGCAUUCAAUCUACCAAGCAUGACAUCCAUCGAAGAACUACAGACGCCGUCAUUUGAAGAACUACUGAAACAAUUCUGGGAUUCAAAAUCUUCACUGAAGCCAAACGGAGAAGUGAAGCAUUUGGAGUGUCAGUCUCCUAGAGAUUCUAGACUUCCACUUGCUGCUAUUAAUUAAUUAAUAUGUGUACAGAUCUCACCAUUUUGUUUCUAGAUUCAAAUCUAGGCUUUUGAAUCUGGAGUAUUCUAUAUCUUUUCCAUGCUGGAUUAUAAUAAGAAUCUGUAAUUUGUAAUGGUGUUGUUGUGAGUGUAACUAAUUUAGGACACCAAAGGAGCUUUAAUUAAAACAAUCUAAAAAAUUUGGGUUU